AUGCCAGUGGAACCCGCAUCCACCGUGGGUGGGUGUUGGACGGAAGGGUUAGUGGGCAGUGAGUGGGGAGGAGGGGAGAGGGGGGGGAAGAGGGAGGGGGAAGAGGGAGGGGGAAGAGGGAGGGGGAAGAGGAGAGGGGGGGAAGAGGGAGGGGGAGCGGCGAGGGUGGAGGUGUUGCGCUGUACUCGUUGCUCAGCAGAGAGUAACACCACUCCCCUGGGUCCCCUGUUCGCCUUCUCCCCGCCCCCUCACCCUCAGCUCACCCACAGCAUCUCCUCGUUAUUCCCAUCCCCGUUAUUGUCACACUCGCUCUCUCAGGUGCGAGGCUCAGAUGCUGCCAACCUGGCAGCAACCCGCCAAGCACAGGCCGACAUCUGGCUGCACCAGUUCCCCAACCAAUCACCGUCAGAUGACACGUCAGCAGCUGCCAUCUCAUCAGCUGCCACGUCAGUCUGCUCCGGGCGGCGGCUGUUCGUCGUGGAUUGGCCAAAGAGGAAGCACGGGAUUGGCUCUCAGCUAAGCAUCAUGAGCGCUUACUUAAGCCUCGCGUUGAUUCACAACCGCACGCUCGUUCCCACGCCCGGCACUUACUUAAGAGCCAAUCACUCCGAGUGCUUAGCGGCUGGGAACUUCAACUCGUUUGACUGCUAUUUCUUCCCCUUGGUUGCUAGGAGUUGUGAGGAGCGAGUGAGGGAGGUGAUGAGGGGAGGAGGAGAGGCUGGAGGCGGGGUGGGGAGUGGGGGCCAGAAAGAGGGAAAUGGGGAGGCGGAAAAAGGGGGAGUAGGAGGAGUUGAGGAGGGGGAGGCAGGCGGAAGGGCAGCAGGGGAUGGGGGAGAAGAGGAGGGGAAGGAGUGGGAGGGGGUAUGUGCGGACUACAGCAACGUGCGGGCCUUAUUGGGCUCGGAUCGACCCAUCGUGAGGUUCUGUGGAAACUACCUGCACUUCAAAUAUGAGGCUGACGCUGCCAGCAUCGAAGUGAGGGGGCGAGUGAAGGCCUCAGUGCCGAGGCUGCAGCAGGUGCACUGGUGGCGUGCCCAAUCGCUCCGGUUCAUGCUGAGGUGGCCGUCGGCGUACCUGUGCCACGUCAGCAACAGGUCCAUCUCCUUCCUGGAUACAAGCAGCCUCGCUACAAGCACAUGGCCUUCUAUCGGGUUCGCGGGUUGCACCUCCAAUGAUGAUGGGGGAAAAGAGGGAAAUGAGAAAGAGGGGGAAGAGGUGGGGGAUGAGGACGAGGUGUACAGGAGAGUGGGCGGGGAGGUGUAUAUGCCACGGCCGGUGGUGAGUGUGCAUGUGAGGCAGGGCGACAAGCAGAAAGAGAUGCGACUCAGCUCGUUCCGAGCAUACAUGCUGCACGUGCAACGGCUGAGGCUCAGAGUGCCAGACGUUCAUUACGUGUGGCUCAGCACAGAGAUGCAGUCAGUCAUCGACCAGUUAGACAGCUACAAUGAUUGGACCUUCCUGUACAGCAAGAACAAGCGCCAACUCGGGUCAACACAAAUGCUGGAAUACGAGAAGGCAGCAGGGUUGGAGCAGCUCGUGGGGGUCAGCUUUGCGAAUCUGCUCAUCGCUUCAGAGUGUGAUUUCUUUGUGGGGCCGCUCGGGUCGAACUGGAACCGGCUAAUUAACAAUUUGAGGGACACGAAUGGGCGGGUGAAUGUGGGGUAUGUGGCCCUCAACACUGGCGAGUGGUGA